AUGUUUCCCAUUUAUUGUUUAGAAGACACGAUUGAUGCCAGAAAACAACGGCCUUAUUGCAUACACAUCAUGUCACCAAAUGAGACAACAUCAGAAGAUUGCCUUUAUCUAAAUAUUUUCCUCAAAGACAUAAAUCACCAAGUCGACAGUAAGAAGAAAGUACUCGUUUCCUUGUACGAUGAAAGUGAGUUUAGCUACGAUCCCGGAAGUUUCGUCACAGACCAUGACAUCAUAGUUGUAAUCCUACAGUAUAGGACUGGCCCGUUUGGAUAUCUGGCUAUCAACAAUGGAGAUGCCAUUGGAAACUACGGUCUAUGGGAUCAAGUUCUUGCACUCAAGUGGGUCAAAACUAACAUUGGUGCAUUUGGUGGAGACCCAGAUGACGUCACAGUUGCUUGGAAUGAACUAGCGCCUUGUCUUACCCUGAGUCCAAUGUCAAAGGGUUUGUUCACAAAGGUUUUUGCAACGGGAGGGAUGACGUGGCAUCCAGAAAAAUCAAAUAGACAAUCGGACGAAAAAAUCAUUGACUUUGCCAAGUCAAUGAAAUGCUGGAAAGAUGAAAAUGCAACUGUGUUAUUUCUGGAUGAUAAGAUUGACAUCAUUCAAUGCCUGCGUUCUUUGUCAACUUUAGAACCUUCCAAAACGGAACUUUUCAAUAAAAGUUAUGUGAAAUCGUGGUUAACUUUUCUCCCGGUGAUAGAUGGUGAGUUCAUACCUAAAUCAAUUCCAGCACUACUUAAAGAUGAUUCUCACUUGGAAAAUAUUGGCUUUUAUGAAAGGAAAUAUUUCAUAACUAUAGAAAAUAACAUACACAUUCACUGGGCUGCUCGCCUUUCUUCAAUAAAGGAGGCUUUUAAAAAUAUAAGCAACGAUGAUGAUGCCGAAAACCUAAAAUUUUGGAAUGAUUAUAGUUUAGAUUGGGCAAAAGACGUCAUCAGAAGUCGACUGAACAUAGAGAGUGUGUCAGACGAUCUUGCUUCAAGACUAAUGUAUUGGUAUCAAACCAACUCUCACUUUGACCCUAUUGUUCAGCUGCAGACAGAUUACAGGCACACGAUUCGAGCCUAUGACAUUCUAGACACGAUAGCGCGAGGCAGACACACCAAGGUCUGGUUCCUUCACUUCAACCACUUCCCUGAUUACCUAAAGGAUGAUGUUCAUGGAAUGAUAUAUAAUUUAGACUUGCUGUAUCUGUUUGAUAUCGAUAUGGAUGGUUUUCGCCAGUCCUACGAGCAAUAUGUGACAGGAGAGUUUGAAGAAGAAGAUUAUGAAUUGAAGAAAUCCUUCUCUGCUCUCAUUGCAGGUUUUGUACUAAAUGGGUAAGAUUUUUAAAAUUCGAUUUCAAAUAGAGAAAAUUAGUUAAAAAGAAAUGAGGUAAUUGACCUAAUUAAUGACCUUUUAGGAAAUUUUGAAAUUAAGGUUAGUAUUGCAAAAACUUAGCUAUACUUUUUUACACACUCAAUUUAAGCAUUAAAUUCAACAGAAAUCCUGGCAAUAAAUGUCUAUACUUUGGGUUUGUAUUGCCCUAAAAAAGCAUAUUUUUUAUGUCUCUUUUUUUUUCAAUUAUAAAAUUCUUAUUAGGAAUCCUGAACAACCUCUUCUAAGACAAAUUCCUACCGGUUGGCCGACCUACGACCUGCUAGGAAGGUAUUACUUGGAUUUUAAAAGCAGAACAACGGUCAAGAGAAACUGGAAAAAACAAAUUAGAGAACUCUGGACUCAAGACCUACCAAACUGG